CUCAAAAUUAUAUCGUUGGCUCAGAAUAUCGGAAACCCUCUCCUCCUUUCUCUAUCCCUCUCCCUCUCCUCGUCUCCGAGCGCUCGAUUGUUAAAACCCUUAUUCCUCCGUCACCAAAACCCUUCCAUUUCCUCCUCGCUCCCUCUCUCUCCCCAACCUUUCCGAUCGUCAACCUCCGCCGCCACCUACGCCGCCGCCGUCUCCUCCUCCUCCUCCUCCGCCGCUGCCGCCGCCGGAGAAGGUUCUCUCUCGCUCUCUCUCGCUCUCUCUCGCUCUCGCUAGAUCACAUGUCACACGAGUCUGGGUCGAGGGCGAAUUGGAUUGGCAAAGAUCCGAGAUCAAACAGGUUUUAGUCAUAUAAAGGGUACUAAGCAUUGUAUUGUAGCUUGUCCCAGUUUUUAUUUAUCUGGAAAUGUUCAAACACAUCUUCAGCCAAACUUUGAAGAAAGGAACUGCUAUUCUAGAGCACAAUAGUUCGGCACUUCCAUAUGUUUGUAGGAGCAGCUUCCACCAUGGGCAGGUCCUAGCAUCCCCUAGAAGCUUCUUCGGGGUAGAAGAUUUCGUGGACGACGACAACAGCCGGCCAUACACAUACAAGAAGGAGAAAAAAUCCAAAAACCCACAUAAACACAUAUCGUUUAAGCAGCGCACAAUAGCUUACAUGGAGCCCUUCUCGCUCGACGUAUUCAUAUCCAAAAGGUUCGUAUCAGCUUCAAUCACACACAGAGUCACCUGCAAGCAAGUCGCAGUUGCCGGCACGAAUUCGAAGGACAUUAAGGCUGUUCUCAAGUCACGAUCGGAUAUACCCGCGUGCCUAGCUGUGGGGCGCUUCUUGGCGGAUCGGGCCCGGGAGGCCGAUGUGUACACUUGCACCUAUACUCCGAGAGAAAGGGAUAAAUUUGAAGGGAAGAUCCGUGCGGUCGUGCAGUCUUUAAUAGAUAAUGGAAUCGAUGUAAAAGUUUAUCUUGAUUGAUUCAUAGUCAUCGGUCGUUGAUCGACUCGGUUUGUAUCAUCAAAAUCUUUUGCCAUUAAUGGUUGGCAUGGCAUUAUUGCUGCUCUGAUAUCUGUUUAGCUCGACUGGAGCUUUUGUACAAGUAUUAUUUAAGUAGCAUUAUUGAUAGAAGCACUAGUUGUUGUUU